GUCCGAUAUCAAAGAUGGCGGGAGCCUCCGACCCGCUGGAGGACAUGCUCUUCAAUGAGGUGGACGAGAAAGCUGUUAGCGACUUAGUUGGCUCUCUGGAAUCACAGCUCGGAGACAGAGAAGCUCCCGCCGCUUCGUAUCCUGCCGGUAAACCGGAGGGAGCUUCGCCAACCACCGGUCAGUUCUCAGGGAAAGUGCGCGAUCUGGCGGGUCCGUUGGAGCAGCCCCAACAAGGGCAACCAGAACCGGAACCCGUUAAAGUGCUGCCCUCCUCCGUAACCGCCGCGUCCGUGGUAACCGCCGGAGCCACAGCACCCACCACUAUCUCCCCGUUACCGGGACCCGUAACUUUGACCACUCGGUCCGCCGCUUUUGCCUUCCACCGGGCAGCUCCCGGCGGCGGCCCCGUGGUGGAGGCGAACCGAACCGCUUCCCCCGGAAGUUUAAAUGAUGCCGUGAAGUUGGUGAACUCGGUCCCCGCAGCAACGGCAGUGUCGGCACCGGGGACCGGCUCGGUAAUCAGCGCCGUCAGCACCGCGGGAUCCACGAUCAUUGCCUCCAUGGCCGCUCAGCCUCACUUCCCUCAGUCUCCCGGUGUGCCGCUGCAGAGUCUCCCGGUGCCGGUGGCUGGUGUGGCCCUGAAUCAAGUUGAUGCCAAGGGCGCGGUCCCAUCCGCCUCCGCCCCCCCGGUGGUGAACCACGGCGCCCCCCUGAUUCAGGCCAAGCUGCUGGUUCCCAGUCAGCCCGUCUCCGGGAACUCCGUCAUUCUCACCGGAACCCCCCAACCCGCCGUGACCGGGCCCGGCACAGCCGCCGUCGUCCUGAAGCCGGCGGUGAAUGGAGUGGGUCAGCUCACCAUGGCUCGGCCGCCGGGGACCCCCGUGAUGACCACGUCCAUCCAGCAGCAGAGACCCGGCCUGGUAGCGAGUUCCCCCCGAGCCGCCGCUCCUCAGCUGGCCGUCCGGCCUCAACAGCAGACCACCAUCCAGCUGCCCCCCGGCUUCUCCAUGCCACCAGGUAUGGUUUUGGUCCGUACUGAGACGGGUCAGCUGGUUAUGGUCCCUCAGCAGGUACUGGCUCAGGCCAAGAGCCAAGUGGGGGCCAACAUCACCCAGAGACCCCCCACCCCAAACGCUGCCAACGCCAUCCGGGUCAGCCUACCCGCCACGGCUCCUCAGACCGUCCGCCUGGCCACCCCAAACCAGACCAGAAUGGUUCAGUCUCCGUCCUCCACAACUGUACAGGACACCAUCACGGUGUCCCCAGCCGGUGCAGGGGUGUCAGUAAAGAUGCCCCCGGCUCAGAAGGCACAGACAGUGAUCACAGCAGGGGGGACUCCGGUGUCGAAGCCUGUCUGCGUCCCGUCCAGCACCACGCACACCCCCGCCCCCACUCCGACUAACAGAGUCACCGUGGUGUCCCAGGAGAUGCAGGAAAACGUGAAGAAGUGUAAAAACUUCCUGGCAACACUGAUCAAGCUGGCGUCUCACAACUCUCCCUCACCGGACACCUCCAAGAAUGUGAAGGCCCUUGUGCAGGACCUUCUUGAUGCAAAAAUCGAGCCUGAAGAAUUCACAAGUCGACUGCAGGCUGAGCUAAAGUCUUCUCCUCAACCCUACCUCAUCCCCUUUCUCAAGAAAAGCCUCCCCGCCCUACGUCAGUCUCUCCUCAGCAGCCAGCAGUCCAUUGUGACCCCUGGUACCUCGGCCCCCCACCUGGUAGCCUCCGGCUCAGUCACCACUAUCAGGUCCCGUAUGCCCAUUAGCCCGGUGGGGGGCAACGUCAGGAUGAAUCCCCCCCUCACCAACACCAUGGCUGUGGGCAGAACAAACAUCCAGAGCAGAACACCUGUAGUCUUCAGUCAGACGCUCAGACCUCAAGCUACACUUGACAGAGGACGGACAACCAUAAUCGGUAAAGGUCCUCUGAACUUGGCCGCUCAAGCCAAUCAGAUGAAGCUGAGCGACCCAGGGGGCGGGACAUUCAGAGAUGACGACGACAUUAACGACGUGGCGUCCAUGGCCGGCGUCAACCUUAAUGAGGAGAACGCCCGUAUCCUAGCAACCAGCUCGGACUUUGUGGGCACGAAAAUCCGCUCCUGCAAGGACGAAGCCUUCCUGCCCAUCGCCCUGCUGCACCGCCGUAUCCUGGACACAGCUAAGAAGCUGGGAGUCACUGAGGUUCCUCUGGAGGUGGUGAACCUGGUGUCUCAUGCCACUCAGUCCAGACUACGUUCCCUCCUGGAGAAGGUCUCGGUCGUUGCGCAACAUCGGAUGGACGGAGGGAAGGAUGAAGAGCAACACGAAUAUACGUCAGACGUUCGCUCUCAGCUUCGCUUCUUUGAGCAGCUGGAACAGAUGGAGAAGCAGAGGAAGGACGAGCAGGAGAGGGAGAUCCUGCUGAAGGCCGCCAAGAGUCGAGCGAGACAAGAAGAUCCUGAACAAGCUCGUCUGAAGCAGAAAGCUAAAGAGAUGCAGCAGCAGGAACUGGCUCAGAUGAGACAACGAGACGCAAACCUCACGGCGCUCGCCGCCAUUGGUCCACGCAGGAAACGCCGGAUGGACUCAACGGGAGGCUCAUCGUUUGGACCCGAGGUGACCUCCUGCUCCGGUCCAGGCUCCACCCCCGGCUCCUCCUCCUUCUCCCGCCAGCAGCUCCGUCAGCGCAUCAUACGAGUCAACCUCAGGGACUUUAUCUUCUGCCUGGAACAGGACCGCUCCACUUCCCGCUCCAUGACGCUCUACAAGGCUCUACUGAAGUGAGGGAGAAGUGGGAGAAGUCCCACUUAUCUCCCCCUUGCCUGCCAGCUCCAGAUCAGAGAUAAAUGAAACAGUAUCAAAGGUGACGCAAUAAAAGCCAGAGCCACAUGUUCACAUGGGAACAUGUGGGACUUGGAUGUAACGAUCACUUUCUACUUUUAACAGUGUGAACAGUGUGAACUCAAGGCUUCAGAACCGCUUUUUCUCUAGAGGAAACCGACUCUUAAGUCGGACCAGUGGAACCACAUCCUCAUCCUACAUUACCCACAAUGCACUGUAUCUACUCAGCUCCCUUUUUAUCCCUUAUGUUAAAGUGUAUCGUUAAUAUAAAACGUGUGUGUGUGAUCUAAAGUCCCCAGAUUCCAGCCUCUGGUUAGCUUAGCAUAAAGACUACAUCAGAAGGUGGCGGAUACGGUCUUAAUGCUAAACUACUAGAUGCGGGAGGAUUUAAAUGUUGCACUGUUCCUUUAACCCAAGUGAUUGACAGUCUUUAGUAAAUCUCCACAGGGAGCUGGUUCUCCAGUUAGAAGUCACUCAGGCUAACAGAUAAACAUUCCUCUAGCUCCUCCUUUCAUGUGAUUUUACUUUUAGCGCAGCAGUAGAACGCAAAUCAUCGACCUUGUACUGUUGAACAGUUUCAUCUGUGAAUUAUUAAAAUACAGUUUUGCUGUUGAAAGUUUGUAAGGAGGCUUUUUGGAAAGUGUGUUUUGUUUAUUGGAGGUUUUUAAGGCUUUAAAUGUCUCUGUCCUUAUAUCAGGCAUUUGGUUCGUUUGGUCCAAAGCUCUAAAGGAGGUUCAGCCGACUCAUCCUUAAGGACACAAUAUUUGCAACUAUUUAUAUUUCCUAAAUUCUGAAUUCAACCCUGGCACAUUUCAGGCAAUUUUACAGUUGUUUGUAACUUUGUUGUUUGUACAUUUGCUAAAAAAAUGAAAUAAAGAAAAUGAAAAUGAAAAAGAA